CUCGAGUGACGUCCCCGUGCGGAUUGACUGCUUGAUUUACUUGGGGAUGCCUGUGGCGCAAACCUCAAUUGCCGGAAAUUAAUUGAUUCUCCAAUUCUUGUGGGCCAACUCCAAUCAAUAUGGUCGCAAGCUCAGUCGCGUUAGCCUGGAGGUCUGCAGGGCCCCGGGCCCGCGCAUUGCCGUCCUUCCGCUGCGCACAGCGUCCGUCGAUCUGGCGCAAUCAGCAAGGUGUCGUUAGAUAUGCCUCCGACACGACUACCACCAAGGCCGCCGGCACCGCCGACGCGGCCGCGGAGACCGUGAAGGAGACCGCGAAGGAGGCGCCUAAGAAAGCCGGCCGCGGAUCCCGGAGAAUCGUGCUCGGCACGUCUUUGGCUCUGACACUUUUGGUUGGCUAUGUGUAUGGCACGGAUACGAGAGCCAGCGUGCACCGCUACGGUGUGGUUCCGCUGAUCCGACUCCUAUACCCCGAUGCGGAGGAUGCUCAUCACCUUGGGGUGGAUACCUUGAAGACGCUGUACCAGUUUGGACUGCACCCCCGAGAGCGUGGAAACCUGGAUGGAGAUGGUGCUUUGUCGACCGAGGUCUUCGGAUACACACUCGCCAACCCCAUUGGUAUCUCCGGUGGUCUGGACAAGCAUGCCGAAGUCCCCGAUCCGCUGUUCGCAACCGGGCCUGCCAUCGUCGAAGUCGGCGGUACCACGCCGUUGCCGCAGGAUGGCAACCCCCGCCCCCGCGUGUUCCGACUCCCCUCGCAGAAGGCUAUGAUCAACCGGUACGGACUUAACUCGAAGGGAGCAGAUCACAUGGCCGCGAUCCUGGAGCAGCGAGUGCGUGACUUCGCCUACUCGCAGGGAUUCGGGCUGCAUGAGCAAGCCGUGGAGCGGGUCUUGAACGGGGAGGCCAGUGUUCCCCCCGGCAGUCUUCUUCCCGGUAAGCUCUUGGCCGUGCAGGUGGCCAAGAACAAGGCCACGCCCGACUCGGACAUCGAAGCCGUCAAGCGGGACUACGUCUACUGCGUCGACCGCCUCGCCAAGUACGCCGAUAUCCUGGUCGUGAACGUGUCCAGCCCCAACACCCCCGGUCUGCGUGACCUCCAGGCCACCGCGCCUCUGACGGCCAUCCUGAAAGCCGUCGUGGGAGCCGCCAAGGGCGUCGACCGCGCGACCAAGCCCUUCGUGAUGGUCAAGGUCAGCCCGGACGAAGACGCCGACGAACAGGUCUCGGGUAUCUGCGAGGCCGUCUGGGGCUCGGGUGUCGACGGCGUCAUCGUGGGAAACACGACCAACCGUCGUCCGGAGCCCCUGCCCAAGAGCAUCGCUCUGCCGGCCAAGGAGCAAACCACGCUCAAGGAGACGGGCGGAUACUCGGGCCCGCAGCUCUUCGACCGCACCGUGGCCCUGGUGGCUCGCUACCGGGCGCUGCUGGACGACACGCCCGUGACGCCGGAGCUGGCCGGAGUUGCGCAGGCAGAAACCGCGCGCGUUACCCAGGCCGAGCCCGACGCGGAGAACGUGCCCCCCGUGGAUCCGCCCAGCGUUGCCGCGCAGUUCCCGCGCAAGGUCAUCUUCGCGUCCGGCGGCAUCACCACCGGCGCGCAGGCCCAGGCGGCUCUGAACGCCGGUGCCUCGGUGGCGAUGAUGUAUACCGGCAUCGUGUAUGGCGGCGUGGGCACCGUGACCCGCGUGAAGCAGGAGAUGCGCGAGGAACGACAGCUGAAGAAGGAUUAAACGGUUGUCUAUCGCCAGACCAGAUCAAAAGCAAGGGGUUAUCUGUACAUAACGUUUCCCAUGAUAUUCUAUCGCAUAGUACUAUUGUCUACAGAAGGAUAUUCGAU